GCGGCCGCGUCUCUCCGGGCAGAGCGACCCGAGCCGCUGAGGGGAGCAGCUGAGGGGAGCCGCUGGCCAGCAGCAUGGACGACCCCGCGGCCCCCGGGACCCCCGCCCCGCCGGCCAACGGCAACGGCAACGGCAACGGCGGCGGCAAAGGGAAGCAGGCGGCGGCCAAGGGCCGGGAAGCGUUCCGGAGCCAGCGGCGGGAGUCGGAGGGCUCUGUGGACUGCCCCACCCUGGAGUUUGAAUAUGGUGACGCAGAUGGGCACGCAGCGGAAUUGUCAGAAUUGUAUAGCUACACCGAGAACCUGGAGUUUACCACUAACAGGAGAUGCUUUGAAGAGGAUUUCAAGACUCAAGUGCAAAACAAAGAAUGGCUGGAGUUGGAAGAAGAUGCCCAAAAGGCCUAUGUGAUGGGGCUCCUGGACCGGCUGGAGGUGGUUAGCAGAGAGCGGCGACUGAAGGUGGCCCGGGCUGUUCUCUACCUGGCCCAAGGCACUUUUGGGGAAUGUGACUCAGAGGUGGACGUGCUACACUGGUCCAGGUACAACUGCUUCCUGCUGUAUCAGAUGGGGACCUUCUCAACCUUCCUGGAGCUACUCCACGUGGAAAUCGACAACAGCCAGGCCUGUAGCAGUGCCCUUCGGAAACCAGCCGUGUCCAUCGCUGACAGCACGGAGCUCCGGGUGCUGCUGAGUGUCAUGUACCUGAUGGUGGAAAAUAUCCGCCUGGAGCGAGAGACCGACUCCUACGGCUGGAAGACAGCCCGGGAGACCUUCCGCAGCGAGCUGAGCUACUCUGUGCAUAAUGAGGAGCCCUUUGCCCUUCUGCUCUUCUCCAUGGUCACCAAGUUCUGCAGUGGCUUGGCCCCCCACUUCCCCAUCAAGAAGGUCCUGCUUCUGCUUUGGAAGGUGGUCAUGUUUACCCUCGGUGGAUUUGAGCAUCUUCAGUCGCUCAAAGUCCGGAAGCGGGCAGAACUGGGCUUACCUCCGCUGCCUGAGGACAGUAUCCAGGUGGUGAAGAGCAUGCGUGCUGCCUCCCCGCCCUCUUACACCCUGGAUCUGGGGGAGUCUCAGCUGGCGCCGCCGCCCUCCAAGCUGCGGGGACGCCGCGGUUCUCGAAGGCAACUUCUCACUAAGCAAGACAGCCUGGACAUCUACAAUGAAAGGGAUCUCUUCAAGAAUGAAGAGCCAGCCGCGGAGGAGGAAGAGGAGCCUCCCGGGGAUGGAGAGCUAGACCUGCUGGAACAGGACCCGCUGGUCCCUCCUCCACCCUCGCAAGCACCUCUCUCUGCUGAUCGGGUGGCCUUUCCCAAGGGCCUUCCUUGGGCCCCCAAAGUCAGGCAGAAGGACAUCGAGCAGUUCUUGGAGAUGAGCAGGAACAAGUUCAUCGGCUUCACGCUGGGGCAGGACACGGACACCUUGGUUGGAUUGCCUAGACCCAUUCAUGAGAGUGUGAAGACCCUUAAGCAGCACAAGUAUAUCUCCAUCGCAGAUGUGCAGAUCAAGAACGAGGAGGAGCUGGAGAAGUGUCCCAUGUCUCUGGGGGAAGAAGUGGUUCCAGAGACACCAUGUGAAAUCCUCUACCAGGGCAUGCUGUAUAGCCUUCCCCAGUACAUGAUCGCUCUGCUUAAGAUUCUGCUGGCCGCAGCGCCCACCUCCAAGGCUAAGACAGACUCCAUCAACAUCCUGGCAGACGUCCUGCCUGAAGAGAUGCCCAUCACUGUGGUUCAGAGCAUGAAGCUGGGCAUCGAUGUGAACAGGCACAAAGAGAUCAUCGUCAAGAGCAUCUCUGCCCUGCUCCUGCUCCUUCUCAAACACUUCAGACUCAACCACAUCUACCAGUUUGAAUAUGUAUCGCAACAUUUGGUAUUUGCCAACUGUAUCCCUUUGAUCCUGAAGUUCUUCAAUCAAAACAUCUUGUCCUACAUCACUGCCAAGAACAGCAUCGCCGUCCUGGACUACCCUGGCUGUAUCAUCCAGGAUUUGCCGGAGCUUACUGCCGAGAGCCUGGAGGCGGGGGACAACAGCCAGUUCUGCUGGAGGAACCUCUUCUCCUGUAUCAACCUCCUGCGGCUGCUCAACAAGCUGACCAAAUGGAAGCACUCCCGGACCAUGAUGCUGGUGGUGUUUAAAUCAGCUCCAAUCUUGAAACGGGCCCUCAAGGUCAAACAGGCCAUGCUGCAACUUUAUGUCCUGAAGCUGCUGAAGAUACAGACCAAGUACCUGGGGCGCCAGUGGAGAAAGAGCAACAUGAAAACCAUGUCAGCCAUUUACCAGAAAGUGCGCCACCGCAUGAACGACGACUGGGCUUACGGGAACGACAUCGAUGCCAGGCCGUGGGACUUCCAGGCAGAGGAAUGCACGCUGAGGGCCAACAUUGAGGCUUUCAACAGCCGCCGCUACGACAGACCCCGGGACUCGGAGUUCUCACCUGUGGAUAACUGCUUGCAGAGCGUGCUGGGACAGAGGCUGGAUCUGCCUGAAGAUUUCCACUAUUCGUAUGAGCUCUGGCUGGAGAGAGAGGUGUUUUCCCAGCCCAUCUGCUGGGAGGAGCUGCUCCAGAAUCACUGAGCUCUUCCCAUCAGCUGUCUGGCAGAGGGAGGUCGGCUCAGAUCAACGGUGCUCCACAAGCCUGCCUGCUCAGCCUUGGCCUCCUGCUUGGAGACUGCUUGUUCAAGGGGAGUUCUGGCCCAGCCCUGGGACAUAGAGGAUAGCUCAGGACUAGACUCUGGCAGCUUAUGGACCUAGAGAUUGUAUGAGGUUGGCAUCUAAGUCAAAGCAAAUCCAUCGCCUUGGUCAGCGGUCAGCCGGCUGCCUGGUUGACCUUGGACGGAUCCCGGCCAGGCUCGCUGAAGGCCCCCU